CAAUUCCCUUCAGCCCUUUAUAUAAUCUCCUUCAUCGUGCACAAUUAUGGCUUACAGUCCCACUUGCCAUUUCUGACUCCUAAUUUUGCUCAAUUGGAUUUCUUUCCCGCCCCCCCUCGGCCUGGAAUGUCGUCAUUUUACUUUUCCUCCUCCUCAUUGGGCCGCUGCAUCCGCAUUACGCCCUUUCAACUUGACCAAACUCCCGCCGCUUGCAGACUGAAAUCAGGCAGAUGCUGCUUCCUCCAACUCUGCAAUCGGAGCCACGACACUUGUCAACUGGAGCGCCGAACGAGCAGGUGCGUGGCUGACCCCUCCACCUGCGACCUCGCCUCGGGGCUCAGCAGUUCGCUCAUCUGUACCCACUUCGGGCGUGGUCUCGGCCACCGGUUCAGCCAGACAGCACAUCCCUGCCGCGUGGGCAGCCCAAAACGUGUGUCUGUGUGUAUCGGUUGCCAGGGCGCAAAAUGUCUCCGCCAGACUGACAACAGCAAGUCGGUGUCAAGAAGACUCAGUCUUCGAUGGAACUGGCUCGAUUUUCCGCCAUCGAAGAGUCGUUUUCAAUGCAAAUUGCCACCGACCUUUGAGAUGGGCUGA